AUGUCAGCUCGUCGCAGUCAGCGGUCGGCAGCCGUCAAGGCCAAGGAAUCAAUUGCUGAUAAUGCCUACGAUAGAGUGUCGUCGCGACCCAGUCGCAAGGCCUCCGAGAAUACACCCAGUGCGACCGUCUCACGUGGAAAUCUAACCGUGAAACUUUCUUCUAGUAAACUCCGAGAAGCUGUACGAUCAAGUCCGCUCAGCCAGACCGUGACACUUGCAGCUAAGGAAGGCCUAUCAGGCGCAGAAAUCUUGGAUGGCCCCAGAUCACGAAAUGUGAGGAAAAGCUAUGUCGUACCGUCAGACAGUGAGGAGGAAGAUGAAGAAAUGGAAGAUGCAGCUGAUGAGGAUGCUGAAGGUGAGGACGAGGAAGUCGAAGAAGACGAGGAUAUGGAUGCUGAGGACGACGGAUUGGGAGACGAAGAUGCGGAUGGUGAUGUCGAUAUGGAUAUUCCACCUCCUCCACCGGUCAUUAAAAUAUCCAAAGCUCAAAAUGGAAAGCAAACCAUUGUUGCAAAGCCGCCAACAAAAGUUGAUACCAAGACUGUUGAGCAAAAAGAAGUCGAGAUGGGCAGCGACGACGACGAAGAGUUGAGUGAGCUUGAUAGUGAUAUUGGCGAGGAGGUCGAGGAAGAAGAAGCCAUGCAAACUGGUAACGAGGAAGAUGCUGAAGGAGAGGACGAAGACAUCGAAGAGCCGGAAGAAGACCAAGAGCUCGACAGCGACGAUGACACGCCUGGUGGUGGUAGCCGUGGCUCAACGCCUGAUUUGAGCAAGUUGACCAAGAGACAACGAGCCGCACUCGAGGAAGGUGGAAGUGAAGUCCAAACCAAGAAGCAUCUCACAGCAGAAGAACAUGCCAUGCGACGAGCUGAGAUGGCUCGACGACGGAAGAAUCUGAGCGAGAAGCGAAAUGAAGAAGAAAAGAUGGAAACCAUCAACAAACUUCUCAAAAAGCAAGCUCCAAAAACGAACGCCCGCCGGAAAGAUCUCAACGGCAUCACAGGCGAAGCCACACCAGACGGAGAACCACAGAAAGUCAAUCCGCUAUUCGUCAGAUGGGUCAGUAAUAAGGAUGGUAACCGCAUUGGCGUACCAGAGGAAUGGCUUGAGGGUCCGGUUGGAGAUGUGUUUAAGAAUUCUGUCAAGCCGAGUGGGAUGGGCGGGAAGCUUAUUCAGGAGGUCUCUUAG